AUGGCUUAUGAACUGCUAUUCAACGGCAAAGGACACGAGAGGAUCAUGCCGAUAGUAGUAAAAUCGCAGCCGAUACUAGAACAUUUACGUAUAGUCGCCUGUGGUCUUUCUGAUAUUCAUUGCUGGGAUGUCUUGGCACGCAACCAAUUCACACAGCUGACAAGUUUGGGGUUGACGGACAUCACUGGUAUGUCAAGCGAAGAUUGGUCCCAGAUUUUGCUCAUGCAGCAACAAAAUGAGAUCUUGGAAGUUGGAAAUCGCGCUGGAAUAACGCAGUAUCUGAACAGCAUUAUCGCAACCAUCGGUACGCUGCAACGGCUCCGUAUACUUUCCUUGCGAAAUUUCCUUCACAUGUUCAGCGAGAAUCCUCUUUGCGAUCUUACUCCGCUUCGACGUUUGCAACAGCUUGAAAAAAUGCGUCUCACGAACAUACCCAUCGACAACCAAGAGGCAGGAUGGAUUGUGUGGGCACAACGACUUGAGGAAACCAAAAUACUGAAUCUGGAACUGACAGCCGUGAAAGGUGUUACUGGUGCUGUCCUUGAGCAUUUUGAACAAGUCGAAAGCUCGGUGCUAUUGCGUGUUUCACGGAUCUAUAGUCUCACCAAUGCAGGCAUCUCAAUGCUUUUCGUAUCAUUGAAGGAUCUAGUAAAAAGAUUGAAGUCGUGGGGUGUUCAGGAUUAUCUCGGACAGAUGAUCUUCUCAAGCAUCGAUUUGAAAUGUUUACAUAUACACUUACUAGAUCCAGGAUUGAUAGAAAGGCAGCACGAUGUGGAUCUGGUCGGCAGCGAGUCUGGUGCCCUUUCAAACCUGAGCGAAAGCACAGACUAA